GGGGCGGGGCCUGAGUGGCCGCGGCGGCCGCGGCGGCAGCACGACGGAGCAUCCUGGCGGCGCCACCGGAGAGAUUACGUAGCCGGGACAUGCAAGUGGAAUUAGGCCUUGCUGCCGAGACUUCGUCAUCUUACUACCUGACCCAUUUAUGAUGAGGUGGCUUGUGAAAGUGUGAUGUUUGCUUAUUUCUUGACAGAGGGUCUGCAGAUCUACUGUGUGGGGACAGGAUAGACAACGCCUCUCACACAGGCCACAGUAAACAUAGGUGUGCAGGAAGCAUUUGCCAUGGAAACCAGGGAGCUUGGGAGCACCACCCCCUCCUACCAUCUCAUCCCUGAUGCCAGCCAACCCAGGAUGGAAGAAGAUGUUGGCUCACCACCUCAAAACUCCCUGGAAACUAUGCAGCUGAAGAAGGAGAUCUCCCUGCUGAAUGGAGUCAGCCUGGUGGUGGGCAACAUGAUAGGCUCAGGGAUCUUUGUCUCACCCAAGGGUGUGCUGGUACACACUGCCUCCUAUGGGCUGUCACUGGUUGUGUGGACCAUUGGUGGGCUCUUCUCUGUUGUGGGUGCCCUUUGCUACGCAGAGCUGGGGACUACUAUCACCAAGUCGGGGGCCAGCUAUGCUUAUAUUCUUGAGGCCUUUGGGGGCUUCAUUGCCUUCAUCCGCCUGUGGGCCUCACUGCUCAUUGUUGAGCCCACCAGUCAGGCCAUCAUCGCCAUCACCUUUGCCAACUACAUGGUCCAGCCCUCCUUCCCCACCUGCAAUCCCCCGUACCUGGCCUGCCGUCUCCUCGCUGCUGCUUGCGUAUGUCUGCUGACAUUUGUGAACUGUGCCUAUGUCAAGUGGGGCACACGUGUGCAGGACACGUUCACUUACGCCAAGGUCCUAGCGCUCAUUGCCAUCAUUGUUAUGGGCCUUGUUAAACUGUGCCAGGGACACUCUGAGCACUUUGAGGACGCCUUUGAGGGUUCCUCCUGGGACGUGGGAAACCUCUCUCUUGCCCUCUACUCUGCCCUCUUCUCUUACUCAGGUUGGGACACCCUUAAUUUUGUAACAGAAGAAAUCAAAAACCCAGAAAGAAAUUUGCCCUUGGCCAUUGGGAUUUCUAUGCCAAUUGUGACGCUCAUCUACAUCCUGACCAACGUGGCCUAUUACACAGUGCUGAGCAUUUCAGAUGUCCUUAACAGUGAUGCCGUGGCUGUGACGUUUGCUGACCAGACAUUUGGCAUAUUCAGCUGGACCAUCCCCAUCGCUGUUGCCCUGUCCUGCUUUGGGGGCCUCAAUGCAUCUAUCUUUGCUUCAUCAAGGUUGUUCUUCGUGGGCUCCCGUGAGGGCCACCUCCCAGACCUUCUGUCCAUGAUCCACAUUGAGCGUUUUACACCUAUCCCUGCUUUAUUAUUCAAUUGCACCAUGACACUCAUCUACCUCAUCGUGGAGGAUGUUUUCCUGCUCAUCAACUACUUCAGCUUCAGCUACUGGUUCUUCGUGGGCCUGUCUGUCGCUGGACAGCUCUACCUUCGCUGGAAGGAGCCCGAGCGGCCCCGGCCUCUCAAGCUGAGCCUGACUUUUCCCAUCGUGUUCUGCAUAUGCUCCGUGUUUCUGGUGGUUGUGCCCCUCUUCAGUGACACCGUUAAUUCGCUCAUUGGCAUCGGGAUUGCCCUCUCCGGGAUCCCUGUCUACUUCCUGGGUGUUUACCUGCCAGAGUCACGGAGGCCAGUCUUUAUUCGGAAUGUCCUGGCUGCUGUCACCAGAGUCACCCAGCAGCUUUGCUUUUGUGUCCUGACUGAGCUUGAUGUAGCUGAAGAGAGAAAUGUUGAGAGGAAAACUGACUAGAGGCCAGAGGUGACUUCCCCUGAAGCCCAGAAAGCUGGCCACAGGUGGCUACGGCCACCAAAGUCCUGAUAACAAGACUGUAUGGGCCCAACUCUCCUGAAUUAAAGGAGCCUGUUGACCCAUAUCAUAUAAGGGUUCUCAGGGCAAUGCUCACUGUCACUGGUACGCUCCCGGAAGACACUCAGGGUCUGGGGCCAGCCUCAAAGUGGGGACUUCAGAGGAUGGGGGGCAGGUUGGGGAACAGGGGAAUGGUCAUUUUGUUUUACUCCUGGUGGGUAGGUGCAGCUCUUACUUGUAAGUUGUGGGGGAAGGAGUGCUAGGUUGCUAGCUAAGUCUGGUAGCUUCUGAAUUUGUUAUCUGAGGUUUGAACCAGGAGUCUCUAUAGUGGGGCUGCUUUAUGGAAAUUUUUCAUCUGACCAGGUCCAAGCAUCUGACUUUAGAGGCCUGAAAUGCUACCAUUUCUUCCUCUGGCUCAAAAUCCUUCUAUGGGGAGAGAGUUGUAUUCCAUUAUUUAUUGUGAUAUGAUUUAAUCCAGAACGCCAAUUCUAGGAAAGCAUUAGCAUUCAUUCAUUCAUCUACAGGAUGCAACAGGCUGACUAUUUAAAAAUUCAAAGUACCCGAGUCCCUCUGCCCUAUGUGGUGGUAAGUCAGACUCUGAUCACAGAUUUUAUGUUCGUUUAGCACAAUCUUCUGUUAAGUCUUAUCUGCAACAGUGAACUUUAAAGAUUUUUCUACUCAUGGACCUGUUAUAUGUUAGUAUAUAGAUCACGUUUUAAGUCCCUGGCUCAGGUCCAGCAAGGGCAAAUGAACAAAUUCCUGAGUCAGAAGCCUGGUAACAAUGUGAAGGAUAAUCCUUUAUUUUAAUUGAGACCAUGGGUCUUUGUUCUAGUUGAUAGAAAGUAAAUCUCUGGGUUUCUGGCAUGAACUUCAAGAGGGCCAAAACUGCUCUGCAAUUCAGGUGGACCGCCUGAAUUCUUUCAGCUGUCAGUGGCUUGGAGAACAUUUCAUGGGCCCAAAUCAUCAAAUAACUUGUUUCUCUCUGUAAGGGCCAGUGUGAGGGACUGCUGUGCAGACCCAAGCAAGCCUACCCUGGUGCUAUAUAAGAGGUCAUUGUCUUUUUUUGAAAACCUCACAUCAGGCUGCAUCCUCCUCUUCUGUCUCUGGCACAAGGCUUUGUUUACAUUUGGAGCUGCCUUGGUGUGGGUCAUCGGAAUAAUGCACUCUUCUCCUGCCGACCUCGCUGUGCUCCUGAGGUCUGGUGGGCUUCAGUCUCAGGAAGAGCUUGGUACUUGUGGGGACUUCUAUUUUCUCCCUGUGGAGAUCUGUGAAGACUGGGAGAAAAGCCACUUCAACCUCAAUCUGGCUCCUCAGCAGACUGCAUGAACGGAAGCAACCAAUUCCGGUGCUCAGGCUGGGCUUUGGCACCCUGGUCAGGCCAGAGCAGUAGGUCUGGCCUAAUGGAUCUUCCUGCAUGGGCAGGGCAGCUGCAUUGGCUUGUACAACUGUUUUGUGAUACCCCCACUGUCAUCCUGGGCCCAGAAGAACCAGCUGACUUGGCACACCUCACGGGCCUCUGAUCCUUAUGUUUUGGAAAUGGUCAACAGUAAAGUCAAGAACUAUGAGGCAGUCUUCCUUUCUGACCAUUCUUCUCCACCAAACUUGCCCAGUCGCAGACAAAGGAGUAACCUUGAAUACACCUGCUCAAUAAAGAAGAUUGAAGGGAGCAUGAUCACUGUUAACUUGGGUUCAGGGCUUGCAUCUGUGACAACAUGGGAGGACGUUCCUACUGUCAUGGGUUGAGGAUUUGUAUAGCAAUUUCUUGCCUGACGACAGGGAGUCUUGUGCAAGGCUGACUUACCUAAACUAUAAAAACAUGAUUCCUAUCUGAGCCAAGCUGGCACCUAUCCCAGGGCUCCUCUGGAGCUAAUCCUUGAAGCAACGUGUGCUUAUCUUCAGGACCCCUGACUCUGGCUUUAGAUUUCUCCACCCAAUAACCAGCUAAUCCCAGGAAUUUGCUGCCCCCCAGUGGCUCCUAAGGGAAGAAAUGGCCUCACACUCCAGGUACCCCAGUACUUGCUUAGCAAGCCAUGUUAUCCCUUUCUCAUUUUUGGAUAAUGAAAGCAUUUUUCCCUCUGUGCUGGAUCCAGACUUCUCCCAGGAACCCUUCUGUGGGCACAGUGCCAGAGACUCCCUACAGCACUCAGGCUUCAUGGUGGAAUUAAUUUCUGCCAGUUCUUUGUUGUUUCCCUCCAUAAGUCCUUCUCCUGGUGUGCUAAUCCCCUCUAAAGUGGGUACAGUGUGUGACGUUGUCAGCCCUUUAAUGUUGGCGAAACUUUAAUGAGUACAUAAACAGUAGUGAGCACAUGAUAAUGGCACAGAGUGGUUUUUAAUCCUUCAUUUCUAUGCCUAUAGAAGGAAACUAAGAUGACUAGUAUUAGACACGGAAAUUGCUGCCUCUUAAUUACAACACCGAGUUUGUGGAUACUUAGAAUGGAAAAACUAAUAGUCGAUUUGAUGGUUUAAUUAGCUACAAGAGUAGGGCCUGAGCACACAGAAUUUAAUCACUUCAGUAGGUUUAACAACUCCACGUAGAUAGGAACUAAUGUAAAGGCUUAUAAAAUGGACAUAAAGUCAAAGAAUGGGUGGAGGUAGGAUGGAGGAGAGAUGAUUGUGAAAUCUUAAAAGAGGUGGGAAGAACCCAUGUCCCUGUGUAAUUCACUUUCACACAGGAUAGUGAGUCAAACUGUCAGAGGGCAAGAGGAUACCCCUUGAAUCGAAUAUUCUGUGUGUUGUUUCCCUAGACCUGUCCUGUGCAGUACAGCAGCUACUAGCCACACGCAACUAAUUAAAUUAAAGUGAAAUAUAAAUUAAAGACUCAGUUCCUGAAUUGCACUAAUCAUAUUGCAGGUGUUUGACAACCAUAUGUGGCUAGUAGCACUACUGCAUGGUGCAGACACAGAACAUACUCAUCACCACAGAAAAUUCUAGUGGACAAUGUUAUGCUAGAAGAAUAAACACCAACCCGGUCAGAACAAAGGCAGCUGUGGUUUGGGGAGGAAUAGGGACAGAGAGUUUGCUCGUGGGAGAUACAAGUUCUGGUAACAAAAUUGGUCUUAUUGAUAACAGUUUGUUUUGGGUGAGUGCUACGAAUACUAAACAUUUCUCCAUGGAAAGCCACAUUCAGAGUGUGCUUUCUUUUUCCUCACUUGCCUUGAGUCCUUAGUGUCUGUGAUCAAUUUUGAAACUUCUGUCUCACCACCCCUCCCCCUUUUUGUGUAAGUACAAUGGGAAAACACCUUAGAUAUUCAGAUUUAAAAAGUUUUAAAGGGAUCACUUGUUUGCAUGGUCAAAGCUGGUUUUUACUAAACACAAUGUAUCAACAUUCAUACAUAUUCUGUUCAUUGGCACCACUGCCAAAGAAAGACUUCACUCUUUAUAACCAUGUCAGAGUCUAGCAGCAGGGAGGCAGAGACAACUGUUACCUGAAAUCUCCCACAGCUCACAGAGAUUCUACUUCUUGCCCUAAUGGCCAUUACUAUCUGCUGUGCUGUAUAAGGCACCCACUGUAGUCCUUUUAGAUUCCCUCUAUUAAAAAGAACAGGCUUUUACUGGAGGCAGGCAGCCUAGUGGUGUGGGAAAGCAGAACCUGAUUGCUGAUGAAACAGGAGCCUCUCCUUCCCUUGUGAGUUCAGCAUAGGACAGCUGGAAUGCCAGGAGUAAUGCCUGUGCCAGGAAACUAAAGGAACCUUCAUUUUUACAUUCUUUUUUUUUGCCCCCCAGACUGUAGGUCACUUUUGAUUGAGGCAAGGGUGCCCUACUAUUAGUAGAAGAGACUUACUCCCUUAGCAUAAGUUUCCACUGUGGUGGGAUGGUACUGUUGGAUAGACUUUUUCCUUCCCCGUGUUAGGCUAGGAAACCUAAGAGGAAGUUACCACAGCAGAUAAUAUUGUUGUCACAGGGCCUGUGGUAGAAGCUCAUGGAUGUCACAAGACCAUCAGUCCGAAUCCAAGUCAUGGGGGUUCUCGUAGCCAAACUCCUUCUGUACAUCCAAAGGGUAUUUAUUCCACAUCUGAUGUCUGCUGCUGCCUCUUUCCUCCUCACUGAGGCUGUUAUAUUCAUCAGAGCCUAGAAUGAGAUACCAGGAGUGGUCUCUUAACUGGAGAAUGUAUGUAUGAUUUUUUAGGCUAUCACAAGAGACCCUUCCCUUCUCAUGAAGUUUAUUUUCUUGUUCCCUGUUACAAAAUACUUAAUAAAGAAAAUCUAGAUUAUAGAA